AUGUCCGAUCAUAUACCCCCUCCACCACCACCAGCUCCUCCAUUACCGGCUUCUCUCCACAAGAGCCAGUCAACAGAGCCUCAAUUGAAGCUUAAAGUGAAGAGCACACCAGAGGCUUGUUUUUACCAGCCUUCAAAACCGCCAGCACAGACAGAUCUCUCCGAGCCACCCAUAGGACCAUACUUCGUAUAUGGAACAUUGAUGGAUCCAAAUAUGCUAAGUGAUAUCCUCGGAUUGGAAAAGGAGCCUAAGCUGCGACUUGCAAAAAUCAAAGGCUACUCUCGCAAACUCUGGGGACAGUAUCCUGCUAUGCAAGAAGGACCGGGAGAUGCAGAAGUUAAUGGUAGCGUGUAUCAAGUGCAGUCUAUUGCCCACGCGAAGAGGCUCGCUGAAUAUGAGACAAAUAGCUACAGAGUCAUGCCAUGCCAUAUCCAUUAUACAGAUGGAAACAAACCGGCAGAUGAGUUGGGCUCUAUUUUUAUGUAUGUCGGCAACCCUCGAGAUCUGUGCGACGGGGAAUUUGAUUUGGCGCAAUGGCUUAAGCGGAUGGGCCGAUUUUCGGCCUCAUAG